AUGGGACAGGCGGAAAAUGGGGACCUGAUUGAUUCUGCUGAUCUCCGGGCCGGCUGGCGACCACGGAACCCGCCGAUCCGGGGCCCGGGGGGGCUCCCUUUUGCCAUCGUCGUCGUCGUCGUUAUGCUGCCAAAUGGGGAAUUCCCCGUGGAUGAUCGAGAUAAAAUCAUCAUGAACCUUCCGGGCAUUUCUGGGAUCGCAUUCCGAUUUACGCCGUCUUGGUAUUCCUAUACUCGAGUAUUUACUGCCGAUUCCGACGACGCAUUCCCGCGCCAGCAGCGGAAUUUUCUUGGCAUGACGCGCGAAUGCCAUUCUGGGUUAGCGAAAGCAGGGCAUUCACCAGAAAAGCAACAGGAAGGAGGUACACAACUGAAGCUGAUCAUUGAUUUCGCCAGUGGAGGACAAGCACUCUUCAAGCCUAUGCGGUUCUCCAGAGAGCAAGAAACGUUGCCGAAUCACUUCUACUUCACGGACUUCGAAAGACACAAUGCUGAGAUUGCUGCGUUCCAUCUGGACAGCUGCGGCUAUUCAGGACAUUUGAAGGCGAUGUCGGGUUGCUCUUCUUGUCGACACCCACUUUUUAGCGGAGUAAAGCUCAAUGAAAACGGGUCUCUUUUGUCCCACUUCUGGGGUUCGGGUGGAUUUUGCACCGGGUUACGGUUGGAUGAGCAGGGAUUUGAGCAAGAAAUAGUCUUGGGAUUUCGACGAUCACCUCCGGUCGUCGGCCGAAUGUUGAACAUGACGACGGAAUUGUACGCGUUGGCGAAGGGAGAGCUUUUGAAGACGUUUUUCAUUUCGCCAGCCAACAAUUUGUGCUUCCAUGGAAGGUGUUCUUACUACUGUGACACCUCGCAUGCGAUUUGCGGAAGUCCGGAUACGCUUGAGGGAUCUUUUGCUGUCUUCCUGCCGCCGAAAUCCGUGGCGCCGAGGCGCUCUUGGCGCCAUCCGUGGCGUCGAAGCUACCACAAACGCAAGAAGGCCAGCUGGGAAUGGGACAACGUUCGAGGGUUGUCCCAGUUCCGCGAGGCAUCGAGACGUUUUUGA